CGCCGUUGUCGUCGUGCCUCGGAAGCCUUGUCGGUGGUGGAGCACUCACUGGGCUCUACAGCUGGGCAGCUUGCACGCCUCGUUCACGAUGCUGUUGCAGCUGCCGCAGGAGUCCUGAUUUCAACGGGGGAAUUGCGGGAGGGCAUUAAUUUUUGCAUUGUAUGUAAUUUUCACCCAUAUUUUGGGGUUGGUUGGGGUUUCUGGGGGACCUUAUCGUGGUCGGCAUUAGCGCAGAUAGGAAGGGAUUGAUGCAAGGAGGGGCUUCCUCCAGCGGCGGGGCGGUGUCGUUGGGGCAGCAGGCGAGGAAUAUGGGGGCGCCGAUGGGUGGAGCAGGAGGAGUGGGAAUGCCUCCCACUGGGGGCGGGGGAGGAAGCGCGGGCUCGAGUGCGAAGCGCGGAAGAGGAAAGGGCGUAGGAACUAACGCCGGCACCACGUCUUCGGCGUUCAAAGCAGCGGAAGUAACACCCGCAGCCAGACGAAAGAAACAGAAAGUAACGGAGAAGCAGAUUCCUGGUAAGGUCGCUGCACUGUUGCCCGAGUCUGCGAUUUACACCCAGCUGGUGGAGUUUGAGGCGCGGGUGGACGCUGCGUUGGCGAGGAAGAAGCUGGACAUUCAGGAGGUGGUGAGAUCGCCAGCGCCCGUAGAACGUAUUCUAAGAAUGUAUGUUUUUAAUACUUAUACCAAUCAGACCCAGAACCCUAAAGGUCCUUUUCAGCAGCAGUAUGCGGAAACUCCGUCGUGGACGCUGUGGAUAAUGGGGCGUGUCCUGGAACCUGAUGAACCGGAGGUCGAUGGUAUCAGCGCAAAGCCCGUCAAGCCAUCAGUACCGAAGUUUUCCUCGUUUUUUAAGAGGAUCACUGUUCAAUUGGACCCGGUCCUCUAUCCGGACAACAAUACCACUGUGUGGGACAGUGCCAGAGCCUCUAAUCAUGUUGAGGGUUUUGAGAUCAAGAGGCGAGGGGACAGCGAAUGUGAUAUAAUCAUACGACUGGAAAUGGAUCAUAACCCGGAUAGGUUCAAGUUAUCAGCUCCAUUGGCCCAACUUCUUGGGGUUGAGGUAGAUACGCGACCGCACAUAAUUUCAGCUCUGUGGCAGUAUAUCAAGGCCAAGAAACUUCAAAACUCUGCAGACCCGACUAUGAUCAACUGUGACCCUGCACUACAGAAAGUUCUGGGCGACGAGAAAAUAAAAUUUGCGUCUAUAUCUGCAAGACUACACAAUCACUUAAGUCCACCACAACCCAUACAUCUUCAGCACAGAAUUAGAGUGUCGGGGAGUAUGCCAGCAGGUAAUGCGUGCUACGACGUGUGUGUCAACAUUCAAACGCCUCUGCUGAAAGAGAUGAACCAGUUCUUGACUACUGUUGAGAAGCAUAGAGAUAUCGCACUGUAUGAUGAUAUGAUAACAAAUACCAUAAGUAAAGUCAAUGAGCAUCGGCGAAGGCGAGCUUACUUUCUAGGCUUUAGUCACUCACCGGUGGAUUUCAUUAAUGGCCUAAUUGCCUCUCAAAGCCGGGAUCUCAAAAUGACUGUUGUACAGAAUGGUCGGAAUCCCGAGAAGGAGAGAAGAUCUGACUUUUACAAUCAGCCGUGGGUGGAAGAUGCCGUGAUUCGCUAUUUGAAUCGACGUCCAGCAAAAGCCUCCGAUGGUACAGGCAACAAUGCAUAAGUAACUGAGGUCUUCCCGCGCUUCAUGAUUACGUUACUACUUGCUGUAAACAAGUUUGAGCAGGUGCACAUACCCCCAAGAUUAGAUAGCCGUCGACGGUGGAAGUCCGCGAAUACAAACCACGCUUGGUUUCGUCGAUGUACAAAUUAGUAGUUAGGAUGCUCAUGAACGAGCUCAACGACGAAAUCGUCGGACAUUCUUUACCAUUCAUUUUCUGGCGCAUGAUAUAGCAUUAUUGGUUCUUCCUUUUGCUGUUGAAUGAAUAACUCUGCGUCAUUUUCCGUCCGCGUUUCAAUGCUCCUCCCAAGGUCCAAAGCUCUGUCGAAAGCUAUGUCUUUCAUAUUUGUGUCGUUUCAAUUUGUACAGACUAUACGACAUCGGCACAUAAUCUUUGAAGCAUUUUUACCAGAUCCAUGCACUAAGCAUUGCAGCUGCGCAGGCAUUGCGUAUUGGAAAAAGAUGCAGCUAUUCAAGUAUUAUUAGAGGAUUGCCUAAAUUGCAAACAGCAUUAGCAUCUGUGCAGCGUUUCAACGGGGAUAGGGUAGCUUGUGUCUGAGUGGCUGAGUGAUACCUUUAUUCGCUGUUAAUCCUUGGUGUUUACUCCAUCCUCUGCAAUGUAGUCGGGUGUACUUGGCAGCUGGAUUUAAUUUGUGGAGACUGGUUCACUCCAUGUUUUGUGCUCCGUGCAUGUCGAGGUUUUGAUUAUUCCA